AGAAAACCCCAUGCGAGGCACUGUCAGCACCGAGUUUUGCUGCCUCAACAUGAUCUUGCAAUAACCUCAUCCUCUUCCUCUCUCCCUUAUCUUUGUGUACAUACUCACGCUAUCAUGUCCCACCACCUCCGCAAACGCAUCCCCGGGCUCUCCUCCAAUCCCCUUCCCUCUGACUCCCGCGAAGAAUCCCCCGCCACAGCCGAAGAGGUCAUCCUCGCUCCCAAAUCGAAAGUGCACCACGGCAAGACGCGGAAACGGCGGAAUGGAUUCAUCUUCUUCCUCGGUGGAGUGUUCGGGAUCGUGGUCGCAGGAUUCUUUGCAGGAAGAAGUGAUCUCAUUGAUUUCCCCGAGUUUGGGGAACUGAGUAUGGAUAAUUUGCUCGACGUGUUGCCUGCCGGGUUUGUGAGCGAUGCGCGAGACCUGGCGAGGGGAGAGAGGGAAGCGGUGAACUAUGAUUCUUUCCAGGUAGGAUUGAAUCUCGUCGCACAAGGCGUCCGAGCAAACCACCCCGUAGUCAUGGUUCCAGGCGUUAUAUCCACAGGGCUCGAAUCAUGGGGCACAACCAAUGCCUCCCGGCAGUACUUCAGGAAACGACUUUGGGGCAGUUGGAGCAUGAUGCGUGCCCUAGUCCUCGACAAAGAAGGCUGGAAAAGGCACAUAAUGCUCGACAAAAAAACGGGCCUUGACCCCCCAGGUGGAAUUAAACUCCGCGCUGCGCAGGGUUUCGAUGCUGCAGAUUUCUUUAUCACGGGAUAUUGGAUCUGGAAUAAGAUUUUGGAGAACUUGGCCACGAUUGGAUAUGAUCCUACGAAUAGCUUUACGGCUGCUUAUGAUUGGCGGCUCUCGUAUGCAAAUCUGGAGGUCAGGGAUCAGUAUUUUUCGAGACUGAAGAUGUAUAUUGAGAUGUCGAAUGAGGUGUUGAAGAAGAAGGUGGUUAUUGUGUCGCAUUCGAUGGGAAGCCAAGUAUUGUUUUACUUCUUCCAUUGGGUUGCUUCGAAAAAUGGAGGAAAUGGUGGUGACGACUGGGUUGAGAAGAAUGUUGAUUCUUGGAUCAACAUCUCGGGGUGCAUGUUGGGUGCCUUGAAAGGGCUUCCGGCGGUCUUGUCGGGAGAGAUGAAGGACACAGCCCAACUCAACGCAUUCGCAGUCUACGGACUCGAGAAGUUCCUCAGCAGGGAAGAGCGCGCUGAGAUCUUCAGAGGAAUGCCAGGAAUCAGCUCCAUGCUUCCCAUCGGCGGAAAUGCGGUCUGGGGCAACGCAACCUGGGCGCCCGACGAUCUUCCAGAGCAAAAUGUCAGCUUUGGUACUUUCCUCAACUUCAAAGAGAACAACGGCUCUGCCCAUUACCGCAACUUGACAGUGGAGCAAAGUUUUAACUACCUCAUGGACGUCUCAGAAGAUUGGUACAAUGACCAAGUAAAAGGCAGUUACUCGCGGGGAGUAGCACAUACCACCGCUGAAGUGGAAGCAAAUGAGAAGGAUUCGAGGAAGUGGAUUAAUCCGCUCGAGACGAGGUUACCGCUUGCUCCGAACUUGAAAAUUUAUUGCUUCUACGCAGGAAUCGGCAAACCAACGGAACGCUCCUACUUCUACCGCAAACCCGACAACCCGCUCUCAUCCCUUAAUAUAACCAUCGACACAACACUGACAACGGGUAACAUUGACCACGGGGUAAUCUUAGGCGAAGGCGACGGGACCGUCAACUUACUUUCCGUGGGUUAUAUGUGUAAUAAGGGGUGGAAUAUGAAGCGGUACAAUCCCGCUGGUGUGAAGAUCAAGGUCUUCGAGAUGCCGCAUGAGCCAGAGAGAUUUAGUCCUCGAGGAGGACCGAAUACAGGCGAUCACGUUGAUAUCCUUGGGAGGAGCAGUUUGAAUGAUCUGAUUUUGAAGGUCGCGGCGGGGAAGGGUGACGAGAUCGGGGAGAAUGUCGUGAGUGAUAUUAAAACUUAUGCGGACAGGGUGAAGGUUUAUGAGGAAGAGGGGUUCUUCCAAUCUGUGUUGGAUGAGUUGAGUUAA